AUGACAAUGUUGACAGAAAGAGAGAGACGUGGUUACUGUAUUGUGAGCAACUUCAUUGAUUCAGUGCAGAAGGCAUUAUGCCUAGGAGGAACAAUGAAGCAAUCUGUUAGCGAUCCAAACCUGUUGAAGACGACGACGAAGACUCACAUGAUCUCACCGUCACGAUCUUCCAAGUUAAUUGUUCGAAUUCGAAAGAAAAGCAGCGCUCGAUCCUUCAACAACAACAUUCAGGAGCAGGAGCAGGAGGUCACAGAUCAUGACAUGUUUUCUCCCAACUCUAACAGCCCAUACUACAAGGGUCUCACUGAUCAAUCCCUUGCUAUCUUGGACGAUGCUGCUUCUUCUUCUCCUUCUCCACCUCCUUACUCUCCUUUCUAUAGUCCUUACUACAAAGGCCUUACUGAUUACACCCUUGCUAUUCCUUCUCCUAACUCGCCUACCCAUCACAAUAAUAUCAUCAAUCCUCUUCCUAAUUCCAACACACACGAGUCCAGUCCAUACUAUAGGGGUCUCAUUGAUUAUUCCCUUGCACUUCAUGGAUCCUCAUCCACUCACUCAUCACCACCAAACAUGUUCCAUGCUCAUGCUCAUGCUGAUAUAUCCUUUAUAAUUGAACAUGAUCCUUUGAUGGAGAAAGUAGAAUCAGCAGCAGCAAUUCAGGUUGAUGAUAAAACAGUUUUGGAGUUGGUCCCAGAGGAGGAUGCUAGUUUGGAAAUUGAACAAGAGAAGCCUUUGAGAGAGAGUUCAGGAUCAGAUCAGGAAAGCAAGAUUGAGGAAGCGAUUUCGGAGGAGAUCAUCAUGAUGGACUUGAUCACAGAUGAUGAUGUGAUUCAAGAGGAGAAGCCAUUGAGGGAGAGAGUAUCAGAGGCAGCUGAUGAUGAGGUUGAGAAAAUUGUGUCAGAUAAUGAAAAUAACAAUGCAGAAAAAAUAAUUUUGGAGGAUGAUGGGUUGGUGAUUGAAAAGAAGAAGCCAUUGAGAUUGAGGGAGAGAGUGUCAGAAGCAAGUAAUGCUUAUGAGGAAGGAAAUGAGUACCAGUACACAUGGGCAACCAAACACCAGCCAGUGACCUUAGAAGACUUCAUAUGCAACAGAGAUACAGCGCUUAACCUCAAAGCAUUGAUAAAAGGAGGGUGCGGCUGCAAUCAUUUUAUAUUUGAAGGACCAUCAAAUGCAGGAAAGAGAUCCAUGAUACGGGCUAUGCUUCGAGAAGUGUUUGGUGCUGACAGAGUGCAGGUCACAGAAGAAGUGAAAGAGUUCAACAUUAAGGGAGAAAUGGUUGAUAAUUUGAAAGUGCGGAUAAAGAAAUCAUUGAGUCAUAUUGAGCUGAAUCUCUCAGAAACAAAGGGAUAUGAAAAGCAUGUAGUUGAUGAUUUAUUCAAGGAAACAUAUGGUAGUAAGACCAUAAACAACUCACUGCCUUGUAGACCAGAAAAUUGCCAAGCAAUCAUUUUGUACGAAGCCGAGAAGCUAUCGAUAGAAACAUUGUUGUAUAUUAAGUGGCUGCUGGAAAAGUAUAAAGGGUGUAGCAAGGUCUUCUUUUGUUGCUCUGAUCAAUCAAAGCUCCAACAUGUCAAAUCGCUUUGCACCACUGUCCGGCUAUCAUCACCAACCAGCGAAGAGAUUGUUAAGAUUUUGGAACAUAUUGGAGAAGAAGAAGGAAUAAAACUAUCACGGGAAUUUGUCAAAAGGUUAAUUUUGAGGUCCAAAAACAAUCUCCGCCAAUCUAUUCGUGCAUUGGAGGCUACUUGCCGAAACAAGGAUAUCCUCAAAGACGACGAUUUAAUUUUAACAGGAUGGGAGGAUGAUAUUCUGAACAUUGCUAAAAACAUAAUAGAAGAGCAGAGUCCAAGACAGUUGUACGUGAUUCGUAGAAAGCUUCAAUCUCUUAUGAUUCAUGAUGUGCCUCCUGACUUUAUUUACAAGUCUUUGGUGGCAGAGUUAACGAAUCUAGUUGAUGACUCACUACGCCCAGGGGUUGCAAAACUCGACAAGGAGUACAGCAAAGGUUGUGAAAUCAUGUUUGAAAGCGUGAAGCAGCUGGGUGAUGGUGAAAACAAGUAUCAAGUAACAAAAAAGAAUGCGAUAAACUACUUAAAAGUUGAAGAAUUUAUAGCGAAAUUCAUGAGCUGCUACAUGAAUUGUGUAAAGAAGUUGUCGAUGGCUUGAAGUGGAGCUGAUCUGCUCAACUACGUACACUAUGAUGAUCGAUCUGAUCUGUUAAAGAGAUCGAUGGAUGUGUUUCAAAUUAAUUAAUACCAAGCCACUCUGUAAAUAGAUUGAAAGAUAUACAAACAAAGAUCAAAUAUGAUCUACAAGGCAAGGCAUAACUCCUUUGCUAAAUCUGGGUUAUGUUAUGUUUUGAAUGAAUAUGAAUCUAUGUAGUGUACUUUUCUAUUGACCACGGAAAUAAGGGACGAAAGAAUUUAAAUA